AUGGUUUGUUGCAGCUCUAUAUUUCUGCUUGCAAACAUUGUGACUCUGCAUUUUAUAGUUAUGCAAGCCAAAUCUACCUUCAAAUUCACCAACAUCAAAUGUUUAGACCAUGAUGUUAACUUUUCAAGUUUUGAAGUAUGCCGACUUAAGGUCAUAGGCCGAGGCAUAGUCUCUCUUAAUAUUAAAGUGGGACUGUAUAAGACUCCUGUCACAAACUCGACGAUCAACAUGGCAUUUUAUAAAAAGGCCAAUGGUUUCAAACCCUUCCUCUAUAACUAUACCGUAGACAUUUGUGCCUUCUUUGCAAACCGCAAAAGAUAUCCUGUGAUAAAAGUGUUUACUGAUUUAUUCCUUGAAAAUUCCAAUUUAAAUCAUACUUGUCCUUACAAUAAUGCUAUUUUGGUCAAGGAUUUGGUGUUUAAUGAGGAUAGGUUUCGAUUUUUACCUCUUCCUGAGGGUGAAUACAUGCUAAAGGUGAAGGUGUUUGCCUAUAAUGAUUUGAAGGCUACAACAGAAGUAGUGUUCUAUCGUCAAGAUUCAUUAAUGCCUUAG